AUGCACUCCAGUCUACUAUUACACAAUGGCUAUCCCAAGAGCAUUUGCUUCCCUCUCCCUCGCCCUCACCCUGCUCCUUGUGGUGGCUCCUCUUUGCUCUAUGGCCGACGACUUUACCCUGGUGAAGCACUCGGGCCAGGGAGAUCCCUGAUUAAUGGGAACUACACUUUAGUUAUGCAGACUGACUGCGACUUGGUGUUGUAUAACGUUUGCGACCCCAUCUGGUCCUCCAACACUAGUGGCAUGGCCACAAACUGCUACGUCACUUUCGCGACGAACGGCAAUUUGGUCAUUCACAGUUCCGACGGCAAUGCCCUGUGGUCUAACAACAAAAGCGGGGGACAAGGCAACCAUGUUCUCGUUCUUCAUGAUGAUGGUAACGUCGUCGUGUACGGCCGCGGAAGAUGGCAUGCACGAACUAACUUGCCAGCCUUUCGUUUUCCGUCUGCUAAGCAAACUACAAAUGAAGCCGAGGCUGCAGGGGUUGCCAUGGUCAUCAAUAAGUGA